CCGGCCGGCGGGGCUCCCCGUUCCCGACCGCCGUCUGGAUCCGCCUCCCGGGCCCUCCCCGGAAGCCAGGGAGGGGGCGCGGGCCCAGAGGAAUUAAAGCUGGACUCCUGUUGACGACAGACGGACCUACAGUUCCUGGUGUGUAAUAAGACAGUGGGAUUUGAUGUCCUGAAGUCACUAAGCUUGGACCCUGGUUCUUCUUCAUGAGAGACUAAAGAGAUGGAAGCCUUAAAGUCUGAGAAUAGAAAGCGGGUGCUGCCCACAUGGAUGACAGCCCAGGUGUCUGAAAAGAGGGCGGCGCAGGUGAAGACCCCCAAGUGGAGACCAGCCACGGUGCCAGCGGCUGCAGCCAGAUUUCCUGCCGUGAGGACCGUGUACUGCAUGAAUGAAGCCGAAAUCGUCGACGUUGCCCUGGGGAUCCUGGUUGAGGAGGACCAAAAACAGGAAAAGCCGUUGGAGCUGCCACCUCUGGCAGGCGCUGAUAAGCCAGAGCGCUCCCCGGCCAGCCCAGCGCCACCAUCCCCAAGUGCCCCCUGGAGCGGAAGUGAGGACAGUGAGGAAGAGGACCGUGGGGCCGACGGGCCUGCCUCAGGGCCUGCCUCAGGGCCCGCGGGUUCUGACGUGGCCUGCAGCAGAAGCCUCGAGGAAGACCAGGACGAGCUAAAAUACGUCAGGGAGAUCUUUUUCAGCUAAGGGACAAAGUUCCAGGACUCUCUGCUCAGAGUGGCUGAAGGAAGCUGGGUUUCCCCUCUCAGCCUGGGCGCUGCCUGUCAGACUGUGACAGCUACUGCCCCCAGCGUGGAGCCUCCCUGGACUGGGUGGGUUCACUGGGGGAGGUGAGCAAUCAAAAUGAGCUCCUCCCAGAAUUCCUGCUCUCUGCCCUCCUGCUCAGGGGACUGGGGGCUCGACACUGUCUUAUUCAGGUACCUGGUUCCAGAGAAAUGAGAUCAUGGCAGUCAAAUUUACUGGAACUGGGAGUCAACUUAAUAAUUUUCAAGGAAAAACAAGUAUGGCUCCUAAGUACACUGAAAUUCCUAUGGUUUGGCCACCCAAGGAAGAAGCCUAUUUUUAAAAUCUCUUCCGUCAUGUGUCAGUCAGUCACUGAGCCCUUGUUGGUCCAACCCUGAACUGGACACCUUCUCCCAGGGCUGGGCUGCCCGCUGAGAGCCUGCCUGCGGUCCCAUGUACAGGUUGGGAGGCCUGCCCACCAGCCAGCCCUCCUCCCCUGGGCCGCCACCUUUCUAGGCCUCGGCCUUGGUCCCUGGGCAGUUAGAAAGGAAGAGUGGGAUAGGAGCCCCAAAGAGACAGUGACGGCAAGACAUCACACUGGAGUCCAUGUUUCUGCCUCUAUUGAGUGUGGCUCUGCACAAGGGUGAGCCGGUCACGUGAUGUACAGAUUGUCAGUGUAACAGAUGCUGAAGAAUACUCAAAGCACCCCCGUG